AUGUCAGGUUUAAUCAAAGCCAAGAAAUAUAACUGGAAAGAUUCGAACAUGGAGCUGGUGGGCAGCGAUGUAGAUCGCGCGGUCAAAAAGGAAGCAGCACAGAAAGAGCCUAUGUGGCAAGGAACCGGAGAAAGUCCAGGAUUGAAAGUAUGGCGGAUAGAGAAAUUCAUUGUAAAAGAGUGGCCCAAGGAAGAAUACGGACGCUUCUAUGAUGGUGAUAGUUAUAUUAUCCUUAAUAGCUACUUGAAGAAUGAUAAGCUGUAUCAUGACAUUCAUUUUUGGAUCGGCAAAUAUAGUACUCAGGAUGAAUACGCGACAGCAGCAUAUAAAACAGUUGAAUUGGAUACGUAUUUGGAUGAUGUUCCCGUGCAACACCGAGAAACCCAAGGAUACGAAUCCAAGUUGUUUCUCAGUUACUUCAAAAGAUAUGAAAUUUUUAAAGGUGGUGUGGCUACUGGCUUCAAACACGUCACUCCCGAGCAAUACAAACCCCGCCUCUUGCUAUUCCAUGGAACAGGUAAAAACAUCACAGUGAAACAGAUUGCCAUCUCUAAAGGUCUGUCUUCUACUGACGUUUUCCUACUGGACAUGGGUGUUCAGAUCGUACAAUGGAAUGGCAGGGAUAGCAACAUGUUUGAAAGGAACAAAGCCAGCAUGUACCUCCAGCAGAUAAAAGGCGAACGAUCCGGAAAGUCGUCAUCGGAAGUGAUUGAUGAAGAUGAGGACGAUGGAAAGGUCAUUGAUUCUUAUAUGAAGAAAUGUGAAAACGAUGACGAUGAUGAUGACGAUGAUGACGACGGUAUUGAUGAUUCUAAAAUGGACAUACCUAGAACAAAGAAACUUUUUAAGAUGAGUGAUGCAUCUGGAACUAUAGAUAUUGAAUUGGUUGCGGAAGCUGAAGGAAAAUUAAGUAAAGCUGAUCUUAAUUCUGUUGACGUAUUCAUUGUUGACACUGGAACAGAAUGUUUUGUCUGGAUAGGAAGAAGAGCAUCUCAUAAUGAAAAGCAGAAUUGUUUUACUUAUGCUCAUAAUUACUUACAAACUACAUCUCACCCUCUAAUUCCUAUCUCAUGCUUCGGGGAAGGAAACGAAGACGCAAAUUUCCAUCAGCUCUUCACCGCUUGA